CUACCGUUUUCUACAAAUUAUAAUUCACGCCCGAACAUGAUACCUUAUAUCAAUUACGCUCUUUCCCUCUUAUUCAAUAUCCAUGAAGAAUUCAAGUUCUAGAAUAAAUUUUAAUUAAAAUUUAAGGUCAUGUCUUUCAGGAAGAGAAACGCUGUGAUAAGCAGCUCCUCAUCGUCUCAGUCAGCGUCCUCAAGAACUGAGAAUGCGCCUAUUCCGGGAAUUCGACCAUCACCCCUCGAUGGACGACCAACGACUUCUACUGGGACUUCAUCGUUAGAUACUUUACUUGCUGGCCAUGCUGGAUUGCCUCUAGGAACUUCGCUUUUCAUCGAAGAGCAUGGUACCACUGAUUUUGCCGGGGUACUCCUUCGUUACUAUGCUGCUGAGGGGAUGGUCCAGGGCCACCAAAUUCAUGUCCUUGGUUUACAUGAGAGCUGGCGCCAUGAGCUUCCCGGGCUCUCAACGGACGAUAAGAAGUCACCAAGCAAGUCAGAGACGCCCUCAGAUGAUAAGAUGAAGAUAGCUUGGAGAUAUGAGAGUUUGGCGUCCGGAGGAGCUCCAAGAGACAGGAAUGCGCUUCAACGGCAAAGUAGUUCCUCAACAGGAGCUACUAUUUUUUGCCACUCCUUCGAUCUUACGAAGAGAUUGAACCCCACAGAUGCUAAGGGGCAGAUUGGAUUUCACCCAUCGAUGAGCUUACCGACUUUAUCUCGUCCAAAGGACCCAUCUUCUCCUUUUAAAAUAUUCAUCAAAGAUGUUACACAAAAACUGGAAAACUCGCCGCCUACGUGGGUACAUCGAAUUAUAGUGCCCAGCCUUCUAUCUCCGACGGGUUACUCCGGUUCGUCUGCGCGCCCCGAAGAAGUCUUGCAGUUCCUGCACGCAUUAAGAGCAUUGUUAAGACAGUAUCCCACUAAGCUCACGGCCAUCAUAACCCUACCGCUUUCUCUUUUCCCUCGGAGUACCGGACUCACACGUUGGAUGGAAUUGUUGUGCGAUGGUGUUUUCGAACUUAUCCCUCUUCAAUCCAGCGCUGUUCAUGCUCCACCUCCAUCUUCAAAAUCUGGCAGCAAAUCCGAAGAACAGACACAGGGUCUUCUAAAAGUGCAUAGCCUACCAAUUUUCCAUGAGAAAGGUGGUGGCUCCUCGGAAGGUUAUGCUGCUCAUGGCGAUCUAUCAUUCAGCUUAAGCCGAUCUAAGGGCUUGGUGAUAAAACCAUUCUAUCUACCACCGGUUGGAGAAGAUGAAGAAGAGAAAAAGAAGCCGGAUUCUGGUAAAGGAAGUAUGGAAUUCUAAAUACUUCCCAAAUCUAUCUGGGCAUCUAGGCAAUACGGGUCGCAUAUGUUGGGUACUAUACGGUGUGAAUAGCAUGGGGACCGUGCAUAACACUGUAUAACAGCCCCACAGCAUUGCCCAAAAUUCUCUGAACUUUUAAAAUUUCCGCGAAAAGUUUCUAAUUUUUCAACAUUCAUCAAGAGCAACAGAAUGUUGAUAAACUCUCAUCUGGAAAAAAUAUGAUCGUUACAUACACUACCUGCAUUAUAUUUAACAUGUUCCACAGCAUUUUGACUGAUGCA